GUGUGGUUCACGAUAUCCACUACAAGCUUCCUGAGUUUGACCCCAAAAGAUGGCACUCUUCCUGUGAGUGGCAGGGCCAAAGGAUAGUGAUCAGUUACGGUUUUCCUCUACCGCAACAAAAGAAGAUGUACAUGUUCGAUGGAACCGCAUCAGCGUGCAUUGGAGAAGAAGGCAAGGUCGUGGGCGUUGACGUGAUCUACCUACCAGCGCUAAAUCCACGGGAAAGCUUUCCAGCCCCCAACAUGGUCGAUUGGGGAACUGGAUUCCAGAUGGUGGAAAGACUGAAGAAUGUCGAGGCUGACCACUCAUGGAGGACCUUUCUCAGGACGUGGGGAAGAACAUUUGGGAUCCCAGAAGUCCUCGUGGCUGAUUUGGGAGGCGAGUUUCGUGGAAAGUUUGCUGAAGUGGCGGCGCAAGCUGGAGCUCUGAUGCGACGCACAGCAGCCAGAAGUCCAUGGCAGGCUGGAAAAACGGAGCGCGCUGGAGCUCACUUCAAGCAUGUGUACGAAAGAGCAAGAGAUGCAACUCAUGUGUGUUCUUGGGAGGAGAUCAAAUCCUUGCUCUAUGAGGUGGAGAGUUCUCGCAACAGGUUUGGCAACAGGAGUGGAUACAGCUCUAUGCAGAGGCAGAUUGGGCACAAUCUUCGACUACCUGGAUCACUUCUUUCUGAUGAUCCCCUUGAUCCUCACCUAAUGGUGCAGAGCGCAGGUGAUGAGAUGACAAGGCUGUUGGAGCUUCGUAAAGCCGCGCAAGAGGCCUACAUCCGGUCACAAACCGAGACAGCUCUAUCCAGAGCCAAGAACGCCAGCAACCGGGUGACUAUCGAGUUCCAUCCCGGGGAUACGGUGUAUGCCUAUAGGCAGCCCAAAGAGCGGAAAAGGAGGCACGCCAUGACUCCGGAGUCGCAUGAAGGCCGGAAGCCCUGUUGGGUCGGACCAGGCCUAGUCCUUGCAGUUGAAAAGCCAAGUUUGUGGGUGUCUAUGAAAGGCGAAUUAUGGAAAGUCAGUAUGGAGCAGUGCCGUCAUGCAACCUCUGAAGAGCAAGUGUCCAAAGAAAUGUUGGCGGGAGAAAUGGAAGCACUACGUGAAGAACUUGGACAGCGAGCCACCAAAAGGACUUUCCGGGACAUGACCGGAGAAGCUACUCCAGAGGAAGAUCUACCUCAACAGGAUCUUUCAUCCUAUCCUUCUGCGCCGCAACAACUAGCAGGAGAACCCGCAGCAGCUCGACCACGGCUAGAUGAUCCUGGAAGGGUACCGAUUCCAGACAAUGAAAUGGACUACUCUCCGGAUGGUGAAGAACAACCUCAUGAACUACCAGAAGGUCCAGAAGCACAACCGCCAGAGGCGAGACAGUUCGAAAGGCGAAGAACCGAAUCCGAGCCAGAGCCAAUACCCACACCAAGAAAUCCAAUGGAUCCUAUGACAGCAAGAACGGUGAUUCGGAAUGAGCAGCUCGAUGGCAACUUCAGAGGAACGCCAACCUAUGAUGCAGCAAGGAGAUUGGCGGAACAUCGACCCAUGUCCUCUCCUUACUUUACGGAAACCACCAAGGAGGAUCAGAUCAGUCCAUGGUUCUACUAUGAGGAUGGGCGCUGGAAGCAGGAGUAUGACUGCUGGGAGUUUGUCAACCGCUUCACGGUGUUCAGCAACAAGCCCAUCAAGCUCGAGAACUACAUGGCCCAGAAACCUCGAGGACAAGGUGAAGUGUUUGAGCACGAGAUCAAAGGAGAAGAAUGGGCAGAGUGGAGGAAGACAGACAGUGCCGAGUGGAAGAAGGUAGCUGACACCGGAGCUAUCCGGGUUCUUUCGCUGGAAGAGUCCAUGAAGGUUCGAAAUGGAGACCAACGACAUCCAAUAAUUCCCUCAAGGAUGGUGAGAAGAUGGAAACCAGCAGAGCAACCCGGUCAGCCGCCAACGAGGAAGAGCAGGUGGUGUCUUCGUGGAGAUCGAGAUCCGGAUCUGCUGGAGCUCGACAGACAUGCCUCGACGCUUACAAACACCUCGUUUGGAGUCCUACUACAAGUUGCAGCUAACAUGAAGUACAAAGCAGCAGUUGGAGACCUCAAAAAUGCGUUUUGUCAAAGCCUGCCUUUGACGAGAAAGAAAGGGGCUCUCUACGCGAGCCUACCCAAGGGCGGAAUCGAUGGACUACAUGAAGAACAGCUGGUAGAGAUCAUCGCUGGAGUCUAUGGAUUGGGUGACUCACCUAAACUAUGGAGACGGACUCUCCGAGAAGCAAUUCUUGGUUUGGGCUACAAGGAGUCGGUCCUGGACCCGACAGUCUAUUUCCUGCAGAGCCCUAGCAAGCUGGAAGGUGCUAUAGCGGUUGAAGUUGACGACUUGUUCACCUUCGGGAGUGAGAUCCACGAGACCAAGAUGAAGCUCCUCCAGCAGAAGUUCCAGUUUGAGAAAUACGAGGACGUGAUGCAGUCCAAAGAUGGUGUGGGUUUUAACGGAAGACGAAUCCACCAAACCGAGAACUACGAGUUCAAGGUGGAUAUGCACAAGUUUGUGACUGAAAGGUUGAGUCCCGUACAGCUCAGCAAAGGACGUCGUUCCGAGCCCAAGGCGUUGGCGAAUGACAGCGAGAUCAAUCAGAUGAGGGCGGUGAUCGGUGCGCUGAACUGGCUUUCUAAGGAAGGAAGACCAGAUGCUGCGGCUGCAGCGUCUCUGGGACAAAGUACGUUCCCAAAGCCGAUCGUGCAGGACAUUCUGGACGUGAACCUCGCUGUAAAGAUGCUCAAGGAAAAGCCGGAGCUCACUAUCCGCAUACGCAGCAUUGAGCUGUCUAAGCUGGCAUGGGGAGUGAUUUCUGAUGCAAGUUUUGGCAAUGCCCAUGCGGGACAUAGUCAGGGUGCAUAUGCCGUGUUGGCCUUCGAUGAGAAGCUGAAAGAAGGUUAUCGAGUUCCAUGUUCAAUGAUUUCGUGGCGAAGCGGCCGCAUUCAGAAAGUGGUGAACUCGACCCUUGCGGCUGAGACCCAGAGUUUGAGUAAGGGCUUAGGCGAGCUAAGCUGGGUGGUGACGUUGUUCAACGAGCUCACGGACGUGAACUUCGAGCUAGUCGACUGGGAGAAGCGACUCAAAGACAACAGAGUCCUGGCAAUGGCGCCAGACACCUCCAGUGAAGGGCUAAAGUCAAGCCUAUGCAUCAUCGACGCCAAGGAGAAGUACGAUGGGUACCUCAUCCACAAAUG